CGCGCGGAGCGGACAUGUGCAGGCUGGGCUAGGAGCCGCCGCCUCCCCCCCGCCCAGCGAUGUAUUCAGCGCCCUCCGCCUGCACUUGCCUGUGUUUACACUUCCUGCUGCUGUGCUUCCAGGUACAGGUGCUGGCGGCCGAGGAGAACGUGGACUUCCGCAUCCACGUGGAGAACCAGACGCGGGCUCGGGACGAUGUGAGCCGUAAGCAGCUGCGGCUGUACCAGCUCUACAGCCGGACCAGCGGGAAGCACAUCCAGGUCCUGGGCCGCAGGAUCAGCGCCCGCGGCGAGGACGGGGACAAGUAUGCCCAGCUCCUAGUGGAGACAGACACCUUCGGUAGUCAAGUCCGGAUCAAGGGCAAGGAAACGGAAUUCUACCUGUGUAUGAACCGGAAAGGCAAGCUCGUGGGGAAGCCUGAUGGCACCAGCAAGGAGUGUGUAUUCAUUGAGAAGGUCCUGGAGAACAACUACACAGCCCUGAUGUCCGCCAGAUACUCUGGCUGGUACGUGGGCUUCACCAAGAAGGGGCGGCCACGGAAGGGUCCCAAGACCCGGGAGAACCAACAGGAUGUGCACUUCAUGAAACGCUACCCCAAGGGGCAGACGGAGCUGCAGAAGCCCUUCAAGUACACCACGGUGACCAAGAGGUCCCGGCGGAUCCGCCCCACACACCCAGGCUAGGCUGGCCCUACUGCAGCCCCCCAGGCUGCUCCCAGGCCCACACUCACACUCACAAGAACUGCAUCAGAGGAAUAUUUUUACAUGAAAAAUUAGGAAGAAGCUCUAUUUUUGUACAUUGUGUUUAAAAGAAGACAAAAACUGAACCAAAACUCUUGGGGGAGGGGGAGCGAUAAGGAUUUUACUGUUGACUUGAAACCCCGUCUGUGACAAAAGACUCGUGAAAAGGGACUGUUGUCAACGCACAGGUGCUUGGCUCUCUCUAGGAACCGACAACUCUAAACUCGUCCCCAGAGGAGAAUUUGAAUGAGGAAAACGACACUCUUGAGAAACCAAAGUCCUUUUUCCCAAAGGUUCUGAAAGCAAAACAAAAACAAAAACAAAAACAAAAAAAAGAAAAAAAGAGAAAAAGAGAAAAACAAAGAGAAAGUAGUACCCACCCCCAAACUCCCCUUCUUUUCCAGUCCCCUCUCCCUGUCCCAAUCUCCAACAAAAAUCGCUCUCUGGUUUGCAGUCAUUUAUUUAUUGUCUGCUGCAAGCUGUCUUCAGACACCGCGCAGGGAAGGCGUGCCCCUUGGAAUUCUCGGCGCCUCGACCUCCGACGACAGACGGCCUCGUCCAAUCAAGUGACCCUGCAUUGCUCGCAGUUCUGGAGGAUGCUGCUAUGGACCUUCCGUGACUCACAUGACCUAGUACACCAAUGAUAAGGGAAUAUUUUAAAACCAGCUAUAUUAUAUAUAUUAUAUAUAUAUAAGCUAUUUAUUUCACCUCUCUGUAUAUUGCAGUUUCAUGAACCAAGUAUUACUGCCUCAACAAUUAAAAACA